AGUAUACAACCGACUUUAGAACGCGCGGCAGCCAUGCGCAAAAAAACGAACUAUUUAAAAAACGAAAACGAACCCCUUGUCAGAUCAAACUAAACGUGUGCCUUAAAAAUUCAAAAAUAAAAUCUAAAACUAGUGUUCUUUUUGUUUUAAAAGUUAUCGAAUUUAUCAUAAUUUUAAAAAGCUUCAUUCUCAUUACAAAAGCAUAUGGCCAAUCCAAGGAUGUGAACUUUUUUAAUUUCGUCGCUAGUACAAGGGAAUGUGGUUUCAGUGCUGUUACGCAUAAGAACGAGUGUUGUGUAAUUUUUUUGAGCUGAUUGUUUUUUAAUGGUGGUAGUGCCAACUUUUGCGGAGUGCUAAGAGUCAGUGUAGGAUUUAAAUUAAGGUUCUUUUAAGACUGAUAAAAUGAAGCAUAUACUAAUACUGGUAUCAUUGCUGGUAACAGCGAGAAGUAAGCAGCUACCAGUGAAAGACACACCUACCACAACAUUAGCAACAGCAACAGAAGAGGACACAACACCAUGGCCAGGCGCAGUAGCACCCCUGGAUAAGCUGGCGGUGGCGUGCGAACGGGACAGCAUGCACAUCACCGUGACACUCGCACAGACGCAACCAUACGAAUCUAACAGUGUAUUCGAUGCGUUCAAUGGCAUUGUCUACCCAGCUGGUCUGGGCAGCAAUUCUUCAUGUCUUCGAGAAUACGAAAACGCGAGGGGUGACCUGCAGUAUACUUUGCCUCUUAUGGGCUGUAACACCAUGGCCACAGAUAACGAUGAUGGCACCGUGGAAUAUUACAAUAACAUCAUAGUGCAGCCCCAUCCGAAGAUAGUGACGGGCCAAGGGCGGGGGUAUCAUGUACGAUGUCGAUACCGGCGCCGCGACCUCAUGCAGUUCCACAUAAUACAUUCCCAGAAGAACGACCGCACCGGAAAAUCACUAGUUGACGAUAACGACCUUCAGGACCUGGAGAAGGAAUUCGUUAUGUUGCCUUCGGUCACCAUGCAAUUGUUCAAGGGGGACCCUAAAGAUAAAAAUGAGGUGUCAGAAGCGAAGGUGGGCGAUACGGUGACGCUGGUGGUGUCCCUUGAGAAGCAGGACCGCGUCGGGAUGUUGGUGCGCGAUUGUUUCGUGCACGACGCCUUAGGAUGGGCGGAACACAAGCUCAUCGAUGAGGACGGAUGUCCUUUAGAUAGCGCGGUGAUGGGCAUGUUCCAAUACUCCUCAGAUGGCUUGCGUGCACAAGUGUCUUUCUCCGCUCACAAAUUCGCUUGGAGUCCCAGUGUAUACUACACAUGUGGCGUUAAAUUGUGCAAGAAUGAAUGCUUCCGUAGAUCGUGCACGGACAAAAGCAAGAGGUUGCGUCGCGACCUCGACGAAGGUUCACCUGCCACCGUCGAGGUGUUCACCGGCCUGUAUGUGAACGAAGCGGACUCUUUGGAGAGCGAUGAAGUUGUCAGCGAAAAGAAAGAAGACGAGAUCUGCAUAUCGCAGAGGAAUUUCGCUAUCGGCAUAUGCAUCGCUGGGGUCAUCCUUAUGACCUGCGUGAUAGCAGCAAUCGCAUUCAUAUUGGCGCGAAGACGUAACCCGAAGACAUAUUCGCGCACUGGCAGCUCAUUAUACAGCGGCCCUUACACUAACACUGGCUACUCGCAUACGAGUUAAGCGUUCCAUUUUCGAAAGCUCAUGAUAUAAAAUUGUAGCGGUUAUUACACUGUUUUAAAUCCAAUCUCAACGCUAUCUUGGCAUGGCUGUAUCUACUGUCUGAAUUCGGUACGUCUUCAUAUGUAUUUCUAUUUUAUUCUAUAUUCGUUUAAAGACUAUUAAAAAAAUAUAUAUGUGCACUAGAUUUACUUUUGGCCAAAAAGUUCAAAGAGAUGUAAUAACGCUACAUUAAAUAAAAAGCAUUUGCAUAUAGGGUAUUCAUGUGUCACGCUUGUAUUUUUCAAUC